CAGUAAUCCGUUCCGUUCCGUCUGUCUCUUUGUUGUGUUGUUGAUUAAAAAUACAAAACAAUCUAAAAAAUGGAAGAAGCCGUUUCUGUCAAGCAUGAGGGCAAAAACCUUGAUAUAAAGCAAGAAAAACAAGAAAAUUUGGAGACUUAUAAGCUCGAAUAUGAUUCGGGAAGUCAGGAUAGCAGCAAAAGUGGAAGCGGGGGCUAUCAACGAUGGGCGCCCAAUUUAAAUGGUGUAAGAAAAAGCGCAUUUACGCCGUACAAAUCUGUGCAGUGUACUGCAUUAACCAAUUUACAGAGAGGUAAUACGCAGGCGCGAGUCCCGGAGUUGCCCCAGCCAGAUUGUAGCUUACACGCUAAGGCAGGUCGCGGAGAAAUAACUCGUGACGACGUGAAACUGGAGCAGUAUGUUGACAUCACUGAUGAGCAUGGACUUACUGCCCUGCACUGGGCAGCCAGCUAUGGUCAGUUAAACAGCUGCCAGGAUUUGGUGUGGUGUGGUGCCAAUGUGAACAUGCGGGGCCCGGAGGGGGAAACGGCACUACACCUGGCAGCUGCGGGGGGACACCAUGAGGUUGUGAAGUUUCUACUUAAUGAAGGAGCUGAUGCUGAUAUACAGGAUGAUUCUGGUAGCACAGCACUGAUGUAUGCAGCAGCGGCUGACUUUCCUUACACUUGCAACGAGCUUCUUAUUCGAGGAGCUGAUCUCACUCUUACCAAUGAUUAUGACCAAGAUGCUUACACACUGACCACUACCAAUAACUGCAAACUGGCACAAACUGUGAUAGAGAAUUUUUUGAUUGGUUGCCUCAGCAAAAUGUAAACAUAAUAUACUAUUACUUAUACAAUUUCUGCUCAUCUUAUGUUGCUCUGGACAACCAAGACAGCAGAUUCAUUUGCCUCCAGGAGUUAAAUGAAAAUACAGGG